GCAAACCUCCCCGCAACUCGAUCAAACCGCCCACAAAAAAAUUCCCCCAAAAAUUCCCGUCUCGAACCCCGAUGCUCGUCAGCGCAUGAGCUUCCUGCGCGGCCUCGCGGACACGUUCUCCUCGCUGCUCUCCUCGUCGGGAGGCGGGGCGGGGGCGCCCAUGGACGCGCCGUCGCCGUCGCCGGCGGCGGUUGUGGGGGAGCGCGUGGCGGUGAAGCUCAGGGGCUACUUCGAGCUCGCCAAGGAGGAGAUCGACAAGGCCGUGCGUGCCGAGGAGUGGGGGCUCCCCGAUGAAGCCGCCGCGCACUACCGCAACGCGCAGCGCGUCAUGCUCGAGGCCAAGGCCGCGCGCGUCCCCGACGCCGUCCCGUCCAGCGAGAGGGGGCAGGUCAGGGUGUAUCAGGAGAAGAUCGCCAAGUGGCAGGCACAGGUCGAAGAGCGGCUCAGAGUGCUCGGCCAGAGGAGCGGUGAAGGAGCUGCUGCUGCAGUGGAGCCGAAGAAGGCUGUUACAAGCAAUCCUGUAAUUAGGACUGCAAAACCAGCACCCACUAGCAUCCAAAAGUCUACUUUGCGGAAUAGCCCGACCUUUAACAGAGGUGGCCAAGCAUCUGCACCUCAGAAGAAUAUCAGUGGAGGUUCCAAACCUGUUCAAAGAGCUGCUGGAAGCUAUGAUGACAAGCUUGUCGACAUGAUAAAUACAACCAUUGUGGAUAGAAGUCCUGCUGUAAAAUGGGAUGAUGUUGCUGGUCUUGACAAGGCAAAGCAAGCACUUAUGGAAAUGGUUAUUUUGCCUACUAAACGAAGGGAUUUGUUCACUGGCCUUCGGAGACCUGCUAGGGGGUUGCUUCUCUUUGGCCCACCUGGGAAUGGAAAAACAAUGCUCGCCAAAGCUGUUGCAUCAGAAUCAGAAGCAACAUUUUUUAAUGUUUCGGCUUCUUCAUUGACAUCGAAGUGGGUAGGCGAGGCUGAAAAGCUUGUCCGGACACUUUUUAUGGUUGCUAUUGAUCGGCAACCAUCUGUUAUUUUUAUGGAUGAGAUUGAUAGCGUCAUGUCAACAAGGUUAGCUAACGAGAACGACGCUAGCAGGCGAUUGAAAUCAGAAUUCCUUAUCCAGUUUGAUGGGGUGUCUUCGAACCCAGAUGAUUUAAUAAUUGUUAUAGGGGCUACAAAUAAACCACAAGAGUUGGAUGAUGCUGUUCUUCGAAGACUUGUAAAAAGAAUAUAUGUCCCACUACCCGAUUACAAUGUACGGAGGUUACUUCUGAAAAAUCAGCUCAAAGGACAAGCAUUCAAAUUAUCCAGUCAUGAUUUUGAAAGGCUUGCUGUAGAGACUGAAGGAUACUCUGGAAGUGACCUGAGAGCACUGUGCGAAGAAGCUGCAAUGAUGCCAAUAAGAGAGCUUGGUCCACAGAAUAUUCUUACAAUAAAAGCAAAUCAGUUGCGACCUUUGAAAUACGACGAUUUCAAGAACGCAAUGACUGUGAUUAGGCCAAGCUUGCAGAAGAGCAAAUGGGACGAGCUGGAGAAAUGGAACCAGCAAUUCGGUUCGAGUUGACAAUGAUGUGCACUGUCUGCUGAGCAGACAGCCCUAGUUUGAUUUGUACAUCAUUUCCUCGGCAUUAUGGCUUACUAGUGGUCACACGCCCAUUCAUGCGUCCACAUUGGGUACAAUGCAAAGCAGAAGGUAUAUCACUGGAAGCGGUCUGUAACAAUGUAAAUGUUGCUCAGAAGCCUCCAAUAUAGCUAAUGAGUUGGUUGAACCGAGGGCGAAUUAAAGGUGGCCUCAUGCUGUAAAAAAAACAAGGCUUAUAACUAAAACAACGCCAAAGUGAUGUUUUACUGUGUC